CCAACCCGGCGGCUGCGUGGCUCUGGGUGCAGCUCAGCCUCAGUCCUCUGCAGGCUCCUGGCUCCUCAUUGGUCCGCGGCCACAGCCUCGGCGUGAGAGACGGUCGAUGGACGCGCAUUAACCGUGCACAGCGUUUCCUUCUCCCCCAGCUGUUUACGUGGCUGCUCUUCACUUUUUGUAUUUUCCCGAGGAAUGAACUAAGGAGCUUCUUCUGCUGUCUCCUGAACUCGCUGCUGAUUCUUCUAUGGACACAGACUGAGGUGCAGCGUCCAGUGCAGAUAGAGUGAACUGGAGAGAGGAAGAUGCCAGCCCCGCCUCCCCCACCGCCCCCUGGGCCUCCCCCUCCUCCCACCUUCGCUGUUGCCAACACAGAGAAACCAAAUCUGAAGCGAAGUGAGCAGCAUGGACGGAACGCUCUGUUGACCGACAUCUCUAAAGGAGCCAGAUUAAAGAAAACUGUCACCAAUGACCGCAGUGGACCCCUCAUGGACCAACCCAAAGGAGGAGGAGGAGGAGGAGGAGGAGGCAGAGGAGGAGGCGGCGGAGGCGGAGGAGGAGGUGGAGGUGGAGGCGGAGGAGGAGGAGGCGGCGGAGGAGGAGGUGGAGGUGGUGGAGGUGGCGGAGGAGGUUUAGGAGGUCUGUUUGCAGGAGGGAUGCCAAAACUGAGGUCUGCAGCAAACAGAGAAAGCACUGACUCUGCACCCAGCCGAGGACCUGUGCUCCCCCCAGGAGGCCGCUCCUGUGGCCCCAGCCCCUUCGCUGGACCACCUAAACUCCCAGGAGCCCCUGGCGGCGGCCGUAGCAGCGCCCCUGACCUUCCCAGGGGACGCCCCAACUUCUCAUCCAGACAAGACACUCCAGGAGGCCCCCCUCCCCCUGUACCCAACACACCUCGACCAACCCAGGCCUUCCAGUCUCGCGGGGGCCCGCCUCCACCAUCGCUCCCCGGAGGACCCAGACCCAGCCCGGCCUCGGCGCCCCCACCAUCGCUCCCCGGAGGACCCAGACCCAGCCCGGCCUCGAUGCCCCCACCAUCGCUCCCCGGAGGACCCAGACCCAGCCCGGCCUCGAUGCCUAUAACUCCCAGUGUUCCCCCAGGGAGACACGGACCUCUCCCUCCCCCACCGGGAGGCUCCUCACCUGGGUCAAGACCGGGCUUCUCUGCACCUCCUCCACCCCCAAACAGCAGCCGACCACCCAUGCCCACGGCUCCUGGAGGGAGACCCCCGCUUCCCGACGACCGGCCACCGCCGCCACCAGCUCCUGUGGGAGGUCAUCGGCCCUCCAUGCCCCGCGACAUGCCCCCUCCUCCCCCCUCUGUCAACUCCAAACCUCCCACCUCUGUCUCCAGCUCCUUAUCUCCUCGCUCCUCACCCGGUGGGGGUGGGCCUCCUCUCCCGCCGGGGCGACCGGGCCCUCCGCCUCUCCCACCCUCCCCAGCUGGAGGGGACGACCACAGCACGCCUCGUCUGCCCCAGAGGAACAGCUCACUCAACAGCCACGGUCCAGCUCCGCCUCACAGCCGGUCAGGGCCUCUCCCUCCCCCGCCCAACGAGAGGCCGCCCUCUCUUGGGAGGAACACAUCAGUACGCUCAGGGCCUCUUCCUCCUCCUCCUCCCUCAAGUCGUAGCGUGGGCGGGGGCAGUGUGAGGUCAUCGCCUGCUCCCUCUCCGAUUGGUCGGCCAGGCCCGGAUCCCCGUGGCGGUAGACCCCCCCUCCCUCCAGACAGGCCCGGGGCGGGAGGAGCCCCUCCCCCUCCUCCGCCACCCAUGGGUAACGGCUUCCAGAACUCUCAUCACAACCAGAUACAGGACGAGUGGGAGUGUCGCUUCACUUUCCAUCCGGUGUCGGACCUGCCUCCACCGGAGCCCUACGUGCCCUUCCAGAAGACCUACCCCAGCCAGAUCGGCAAGAGUGACGGCAGAGGUUCUGGUAAAAAGGAGAGAGGAGCUCCUCCUCUUCCUCCGACACCCAGGUGAAGAGGAGGCAGCAGCCGUGACAACACCUGGAACUAUCCUCUCUCUGUUUCCCUCCUCGUCUCUGUUGCUCUCAUUUUGCUUUAAACGACAGCGUUUGUUAUUCGUGGUGACCUCAACGUGUGAAACACAGUCGACCAAGUAAAAGGACAGACUCACCAAACAACAACCAUGGAGUUUACAUCACGUGCCUCUGAAAGACCAAAGCCUGUUUCUCCUGCGGUACACUGUGUUCAGAUCUAAUGUAAAAUAGACUCGUACCUCUUUGGGUACUAGAAGUGAAAUAUGUUUUUUUUAUGGUUCACAACCAUGUGAGUGGAAGAUGCUUUGUCGAUGUGGCUGCUGUGAAACGUAAAGAAUCAAGAACUAUAGUGUUUUUUCAUUUCUUUUCUUUCCUCUACAGUCCAUACAUUGCCUGCUUAUUAUAUUUUAUCAACAAGCUGCACUUUCAGAAAACCAGCUCGACAGACAGAGCAGCAUUUGACAGGUUGUACAUGUGACUUCCCCAAACCAGUUUACAAAACCCCCGACAGCAUUCUGUGAAAUGUAAUUCAACAUGUAAGGGCGCCACGGCGUCGCAGGGGCCGUCACCUCACGAGUCUUUCUGUGUGCAGUUUGCAUCUUCUCCCCGAUAAAUCAUAAAUAUAUAAAUAAGUCCUUCUUUAAUGGUAAUAUUAUUGCAACCAGUUGCUUUCCUAAAGUGUUUCAAUACGCUGUUUCUCUCAUUGCUUUUCUCGUUGUGUCUUUUUCUGUUCAGGAUUGUCCUUUGAGGCUGUUAAACAGUUAAGGGAAAUAGCCUUUUGUGCCUUUAAAUAAUGUAAAUAAAAGUUUGCUCUCCAGGGUUUGAUCACCUCUGUUGAUGUAAAACAAUAAAGCAAUACAGCAGCUCGAUGGCCACGUCAUUCAGAGCCAAGGUUUUCAAAGUGGGGGCUCAGUGACUAGGAUAUAAGGCCUUUGUUAGUUAUUACAUUACUCAUCAGAAGGAGAUCAGGUAGAAUAAACUCGAUGUGUGUUAUUUAGUGAAAGAGAUUCAGUAAUUUGGGGGAAUGUUCCUGCGUUUCCCACUUUCUCAGUCAGAAACCAGUAAAUGCCUUAAGAUGCCUUAAGAUGGACUGUUCUAAUGCAAUGUUAGGCUACAUUUGCUCAACUGAGUGUCAAUAGGAUUAAAUAACACGAUCAUAAUCACACAGGCAUCAGGAAAGUUCGCAAAAACCAAGCAACUAAAGUGAGUUUGUGCCUUUUGUGGAGCGGAGGAGACGUCCAUGGACUCAGACCUUGAAAACCCCUGAUCUACAAUAUUAAGCAAAGUGUCUUGAUUACAGCAUCAAUACUUAAACAUGAAACCAAACUAGAAAUGGCUACAGCUUCCUGCCAACGCUGCAUAAAACGAUCAGGGGGUGGGGGAAAUGUGCACGUUUGAUUUGCCAAAGCCACGUGUGCCUUCACAUUGUGUAUUCACAUGUACGUGUUUCUGUUGGAUCCACUGAACGGUACUUUUCAUUUUGUCACGUGUGAUAUGAGCAUGCGUGUGAUGUGUAUGACUGAGAUGUUUUAAAGGACAGGGUGUGGGUUUACGGCAGCAUUGGUUUACAGUUGAUCUGAUAUAUUAUUUUUGCUGUUUUUGUUAAAAGCUGCAGCGAAGGAGCCGUGUAUGUGCCUGUGAGAUUUAAUCCAGUGCUAUUGAAGGACUGUAUUAUUUUUAAGUUAUGUCUAAGAACUGUGCAGUAUUAAGAUUUUUUGCUUCACCCAGCACUGCUUUGAAUGGUCUUUUGUAUACGUGAUGUAUUGUUAUGUGCUGGACAAAGAAACUUCUACUUUAAGACAAUCAUACACGAAUAAAGUCUAUUUACAUAAAUAAAUAAAAUGCUUUAAGCUGCUCUCUGUGCUUUACUUCAGCUGAAAUAUGCUUUUAUUGGAAUAUAGGUUGUAAAUCAUUUAUGUAUAAACAAGGAUGGUGAGUUGCGGCGUCAGCAUCCAGACGUAGUGACUGGUUUUGUAUUGUCAGAUAAGUGGUACGCAUCAUUUAUACGUUUGUGCAAUAAAAUUGGGUAAUAAUUUGAUACAAAAAUGUGUCAUGAUAUUUAAGACGUCUGGAAAUUUGUCUAUAAUGUAUUUUUUGUUAUGUUAUUAGCAUGAUUUGUACCAGUCAAAAAUCUAAAAUAAAUAUCUGCAAGCAUCA